GUCACCUUGCUCGGGAACCUUCUUAUCAUCUUGACCAUCAUUUCCGACUCCCAAUUCCACACUCCCAUGUAUUACUUCCUCUCCAACCUCUCCUUUGUUGACAUCUGCUUCACUUCCACCACUGUCCCGAAGAUGCUGGUGAACAUUCAGGCACAGAGAAAAGACAUCUCCUACAUAGGAUGCCUCACACAGGUGUAUUUUUUUAUGAUUUUUGCUUUACUGGAUGGAUUCCUCCUGACUGUAAUGGCGUAUGACAGGUUUGUGGCCAUCUGCCACCCCUUGCACUACAUGGUCAUCAUGAACCCACGCCUCUGUGGCCUCCUGGUUCUGAUGUGCUGGUUCAUCAUUUUCUGGGUCUCCCUGUUUCAUAUUCUACUGUUAAGGCGGCUGACCUUCUGUAUAGGUACUAAAAUUCCACACUUCUUCUGUGAACUGGCUCAGGUUCUCAAAGUAGCCUGCUCUGACACCCUUAUUAAUAACAUCAGCAUGUAUGUGGCUACUGCCCUACUGGGCGUGUUUCCCCUCAUUGGAAUCCUCUUCUCUUACUCUCAAAUUGUCUCCUCUAUAAUGAGAAUUUCCUCUGCAGGGGGAAAAUAUAGAGCAUUUUCCACCUGUGGUUCUCACCUCUCUGCAGUCUGCUUGUACUACGGGACAGGCCUGGGCGUCUACUUCAGCUCUGCUCUGACCCAUUCUUCCCACAGAAGCUCGAUCGCCUCAGUGAUGUACACCGUGGUCACCCCCAUGCUGAACCCCUUCAUCUACAGCCUGAGGAACAAGGAUGUGAAGGGGGCCCUGAGAAGGGUCCUCAGUCGAGCAGCCCCUUGUCUGUGA